AUCCCAGUUCCGUAGAUUGGCCAAGCUGACAAGCGCUGCCAAGACCAGGCCGCGCAAACUGCUGGGAGACGUGCCACUGCCUGCACUUUCGUUGCUGCAACCAUCCCUGUCAUCUCUUGUCCACGUUAACUGUCGUCUUCUUCUCUGCUGCCCUUCUGCAGCCACAGCAGCAUUGACAACAACAGCUAAGUGACCGAUUCUGGCUGGGACUUGGGCUGGGGAGUCAGGGAAGGCGCCAGGGGCGGACAGAACCCGGGAGCCCGCCAUCUCUCUCUAGCCAUCACAGCUGCAAUCACCCCUCCCUGAAGGAGGAGAAAGCACUAGUGAGUGGCACUCUCUGUCUCAGUACCCAGUCGGUCAGCUCGUUUCUGACAAAAUCUGAAGAAGGGAGAAAGGACCAUAGUCUCUCAGAUCGAAAAAACUAUCUCCCAUUGGGCAGUGUCGCCUAUUUGUCAGCUUGUUAAGCAAAGGUCAGCUUUGCUUAGGCCACCUAAGCCUGGAGCCAUGUCUCCUCCGACUGUGCCUCCUACAGGGGUAGAUGGUGUGUCCGCGUACCUGAUGAAGAAGAGGCACACUCACAAGAAGCAGCGGCGUAAGCCCACUUUUCUCACUCAUAGGAACAUCGUGGGCUGCCGCAUUCAGCACGGCUGGAAAGAAGGCAAUGAGCCAGUAGAGCAGUGGAAGGGGACUGUGCUCGAGCAGGUUUCCGUGAAGCCCACUCUGUAUAUAAUUAAAUACGACGGCAAAGACAGUGUGUACGGACUAGAACUGCACAGAGACAAGAGAGUUCUAGCACUAGAAGUACUUCCUGAGAGAGUUCCUUCUCCUCGCAUUGAUUCUCGCCUGGCGGAUUCCCUGGUUGGGAAAGCAGUGGGACAUGUGUUCGAAGGCGAGCAUGGUCAGAAAGAUGAGUGGAAGGGUAUGGUGCUGGCGCGAGCCCCCAUAAUGGAUACGUGGUUUUACAUCACCUACGAGAAGGAUCCAGUCCUCUAUAUGUACACCUUGCUGGAUGACUACAAAGAUGGUGACCUGCGUAUCAUUCCAGAUUCCAACUACUAUUUCCCUACAGCAGAGCAGGAGCCUGGCGAGGUGCUCGACAGUCUUGUGGGCAAGCAGGUAGAACACGCCAAAGAUGAUGGAUCCAAAAGAACUGGCAUUUUUAUCCAUCAGGUGGUGGCCAAGCCAUCUGUCUACUUCAUAAAGUUUGAUGAUGACAUUCACAUUUAUGUCUAUGGUUUGGUGAAAACCCCAUAAGUUUACAGCGCUGUUUGAAAAACUUAUGGAACUAAUAGAGGUAAAAUUUUAUGUUCUCAAAAGUAUGUUUUUUAGAACAAUUUUGAGGUCAAAAGUUCAGGACAG